AUCUCCCGGCUGGAGCAAGGACAAGAGCCGUGGGUCCUUGAUCUACAGGGAGCAGAGGGGACAGAGGCACCGAGGAUUUGCCAGACAGGCUACUGUGGUUAGGACCUACUCUUCGGCCUCGUCAAGAAAGGGGAAGGAAGGAUGUCUGCGUUGGGGGCUGCAGCUCCAUACUUACAUCAUCCAGCUGACAGUCACAGCGGCCGGGUCAGUUUCCUGGGUUCCCAGCCCUCUGCAGAAGUGACGGCAGUGGCUCAGCUCUUGAAGGACUUAGACAGGAGCACCUUCAGAAAGUUGUUGAAACUCGUCGUCGGGGCCCUGCAUGGGAAAGACUGCAGAGAAGCCGUGCAGCACCUUGGUGCCAGCGCCAACCUGUCAGAGGAGCGUCUGGCCAUCCUGCUGGCGGGCACACACACCCUGCUCCAGCAGGCUCUCCGGCUGCCCCCUGCCAGUCUGAAGCCAGAGGCCUUCCAGGACGAACUCCAGGCACUUGGCAUUCCCCAAGAUAUGAUUGGGGAUUUGGCCAGUUUGGCAUUUGGGAGUCAACGCCCUCUUCUCGACUCUGUAGCCCAGCAGCAGGGAUCCUCGCUGCCUCGCGUGUCUAAUUUCCGGUGGCGGGUGGAUGUGGCCAUCUCAACCAGUGCUCAGUCCCGCUCCCUGCAGCCGAGUGUUCUCAUGCAGCUGAAGCUCACGGAUGGAUCGGCACACCGCUUCGAGGUACCCAUAGCCAAAUUCCAGGAGCUGCGGUACAGCGUAGCGUUGGUUCUUAAGGAGAUGGCAGAGCUGGAGAAGAAGUGUGAGCGCAAAUUGCAGGACUGAACCCUGGUACUGUGGGUGCUGAAGCUGGUACCAGAACCCAGCCGCACUGGUGAUGAGGAUGUAAGAACGUAUUUUAAGUGAAAAGACAGCUGGGACUUUUUGGGUUUUGUUUUACGAGUAAACCGCUGGGCAGGCUGGCAUGGCACGGUUUAUAAUCGCAGCGCUUGGAAGGCUGAGGCUGGAGAAUGGGAAAUGUAAGGCCGGCCUGGGUUUUACAUAGUGAGGCUCAGUUUUGAAUUAAAGAGGUAAAGCGAGGCUGGAGAGAUGGCUCAGUGGUUAAGAGCACUGACUGCUCUUCCAGAGGUCCUGAGUUCAAAUCCCAC